AUGUCGAUGAACAGUAGAAUCAGGUUGGCGACAGUUAUUGUUGUUUCUAUAAUAAGUAUUUACUGUUUAGUUAACUUUUUGGGAGUACUGUCUAAUUAUGACCCAAUAGUGAAGAGGGCCGAUGAGGACGAUGAUGACAGAGAUGAAAAUGAAAAUAACUUUGGUAGUAAUAGCACAUCUAGUUCGAUACCAUUUUCUAGUUCAUAUGGAUCCAGCAGUACGUCAUUUGGAAUGUCGUCUUCACAAUCGUUUUCGUGGUCAGAUCCGGGAAGCUCAACACUGGUGUCACUGUCGAGCAGUGUGGGAUCGAGUAGUGGCCCCAUAAGCAGCUUUACUCAAACAUCAAGCCUGAGGGCAAGUCUGACAGAUGCUAGUAGUAGUGAGACGGAAGGUAAUGAAACAUCGGAAACACAGACCAGCUUCAGUGAGCUGUCCCAAUCGUCGGAAGUUGCAUCGUCUAGUAGCGAGGCUCAGGAAACAACACAGGAGAGCUCUUCAGUACAAACUAGCAGCCAAAAAACUUCCAGUGUAACCGACGGACAAACUGUGUCGGGAUCUAAUAGUGAGGGAGUGAUACACACCGUUCAUUCCGUAGCCAAUGGCAGGACAGUAGUGGUGACGCAGACGUCGAUGAUCGAAUCCAAUAGUACUCCGACAUCUUCGUCUUCUAACAACAAAGAUACUGACUCUGCGGGGUUAUCGCAAACCAACAAGAUUGUAGUCGGGGUUGUGGUUGGGGUCGGUGGUGCAAUUCUAUUGGCAAUUGCGGCCUUUGUGUUCUUCUACAUGAAGAAACGGAAUAACCAGCCGGAGAAUAAGUCGUGGACCUUCUGGCGUAAAAAUGAGAAGGGUGGAAACGACGACUUUUUGAAUGGCGAAUUAGGUGUGAGGGAUAGGAAUAUCAACCAAGGGUCCAAUUUUUAA